AUUCUCGAACUUUCCCAACUCGGAAAUGCGUUCCAUAAUCGUCUUCAUCGGAUUGACGAUCUUCGCGUUGGACAUUCUUCUGGUCCAGACCUCAGCUCUUGGGCUUCAGGGUGGAAUCGAUGUCUUCCGCGGAUUAGGAGUUGUCGAUCAAGUCGAUUUCAAUCAGAUCCUUCACCGAGCAAACUACCUGCGCAACACUCGUGAGGGGCGCUUGCGCUAUUGGAGACUCCGAACCCUUCCAAUCAUGAAAAAGUCGAUUGCGAUUGGGCGAGCCGGAUUCCGUCCAGGGAAACGAACAACGGACGAACUAACUGGAUUCCCAAUCGGAGUAUGA